UGAUUACGGGCAGUUCGGUCUCCUUAUACAUUCUCCAUGGUUUCUCCAUGAUCGUGAGAUAUGGCUCACUAAAGACAUCUAGCGAAAAACGCUCAGAAUUUUUUACCUCACCCAAUAUUUUUGAACUGUGGCUGAAAUAAAAUGCCAGUUUUUAUAUUAAUACGCGAACGCUAACUUACGUUUCUCUCGAUUGACAAUUGCUAAACAACAGUGAAUAAAAGCACAAUCGAAUACAAGGCGCCAAUAUUGUUGACCAAUGACCAUUCGUUUUUUCUCCGCUCGUUACGUCAGAAACUGUGUCAACAACAUGGCGUAUCGCACCGAUCGGACCCGUCCUUUUCACGCGAUCGUCCACGUUCCCCCUCCCGGGUAGAUACCUCCUUACGACCAAAUGUUUCCCAAUCCACAGGACAGCGGCGAAUUUUUCAUGUAUGCACGUACAUACACACACAAGUCGCAGGGCUCGGUCUCGGCGUUGCAUGUAUAUACGUACUACGUACGAAUCGUACGAAUAAAUGCACGCGCGGUCGGCGCGUGAAGACAGAGAUCUCUGUCGGCGCUUUCUCCCCCUAGACAGGGGCGCCUCUCUGCAGUCUCCGCGUGGGAACGAUGCGCGAGAGUGCUUAGAGAGGUGCGUGGAGAAGGAGGGCGCGUUCUCGUCGCAUCAUGCGCGAGUGAUCCCGACGCCCCACGUCCGCCAGCUCGCCGUUGCGUCGGAUCGGAGCACGUACCGUUGUCAUGUACGGCCCGCGCUGUGCGCCUCUCCACCUUUCGCCAGCGCUGCCGCCACGGAGACACGCGGCGGGGCGAGGACUAUGAGCGCGUCACCGUCGACCCGUCUAACGUCUGUCACGGCUGUCCUCGAAUCGCCGACGUCUCUCGGCUCGCGGCUCGUCGCCGCCGUCGCGUACGCGAGAAUGACCUAGGUUCAGCCCCGGCCCGUCCCGAAUCGGAAACGCGAGGACGAUGACGAGCUGUCCCCGGUACGCGAUGCGGAGUCUACGGAGAAUGUGCUGCCUACUCUGGCUGGGUCUACCGAUGCUCGCGGCCUACCCUGUACCCUCGCCGCUCACUGCUGAUUCGCCACACGCACGUGCUUCCUGGCAAUGGGAGCACUAUUGGAUGCGUUACGCGAUCGCUCUGUCGAGCGUCACCGCCACCGCAUUGACUCUGGCCGGGUGCCUUUGUUGCCAGAGGCACCGGAGACCCAAGGGAUUUCAGGACAAGGCAGAAAAAUGCAAUCAGGAAUUCAAGGAUGGCAGUACAGGACAGGAGAGCGCGUUCGAUCGGUCCGUCGAGAGACUAGAACUGGAUGCCUCCAGGACGUUGGCCGCUUCCGAGAGAGUGCAAUUCGAGCCCUUACCCGUGGACUCUAUCAUGUCUGGAAGUAGAAAUACUCCGAAGCACAAAGCGAUACCUUUGCCAGCGCCGCGCAUCGAAGAGCAGGACACGGAUCGCUCUAUCUUACAGGAGCCGUGUAGCGAGUGGUUCAACUCGAACGAGCUUUACGUCCCCCGAGAGAAGCUCAAGUAUCUCCGAGAAAUAGGUCACGGAUGGUUCGGGAAAGUCGUCGAGGGUCGGGCGGAUCUGGAGCAGUCGAAAGGCACGUCGAAGUCGGGCGGCGUGGUGGUGAGAAUCCUCACCGAAGAGGCCACCACCAGGGAGAAAGCUUGGUUCCUCGGCGAGGCCACGCCGUACUUGAAGCUGCGCCACCAAAAUGUCCUGGCUCUACUCGGCUUCUGCCUGGAGACCGACCCCUACCUUCUGCUGUUCGAAUCGUGCCCGGCUGGCGAUUUGAAGGGCUUCCUGCUGUCGAACCGCGACACCAAGUCGAGGGAGGCGCUCGCCAAGGAGAAUAUUCCGAUACGAAUCGCGAUAGAGAUCGCGUCUGGCUUGAAGCACAUGCACAGCCACGGUUUCGCGCACACCGAUCUCUCUGCGAGGAACUGUUUGGUGGCGCCAGACUUAUCGGCCAAGCUAGGCGAUUACGGCACCGGUGUUGAAAAGUAUCCCGAGGACUAUUAUAUCGUGGGAGACCGUGCGUUACCUAUCAGAUGGUCCGCACCGGAAAGUCUGAACUGCACGGACACCACCAUCGAGACGCAGGAGAUCACGUUACAGGCCAACAUGUGGAGUUACGCGGUUCUCCUCUGGGAGAUCGCCAGCUGGGGAGAGAGGCCCUACAACGAAAUGAACGACGAGCAAAUCAUUCAGAUGAUCCUGUCCGUGAAGAAGCAAUUUACGCCGAACGGCAUGCGAUUGCUGCAGAAUCAUCACGCCGGUUGCCCGUCAAAUGUGUUCCAAACGAUUCGCUUGUGUCUGAACGUCAACGCGAAAGACAGGCCCUCGUUGAACGACGUGAAGCAGAUUCUCCUCAACGAGCACACGGUGCAUACGGACUUUGAGCACCGAUGGGAGAGUCUACGCGCCAACACUUGCAAGCAGCACGUACGCAGCGCCAGCUUACAGGAUCUGCGCGGCAGCAUCGACUCCGACUACUGGACCCACAUUGUGGACGACGCGCAAACAACGGACUCGUUGCGCUCCUCAUUCCGCCUCGGACCCGACGAGCAAGUGAGGAACAUCCCCCGAAUGAAGACCGCCACCAUGUUUCAAGAGUCCGGCUCAGAGACGGAGGAGGAGAGCUGGAAGGGUCGAAUCGAGCAGGGCGUUUACACCGAGAAGGUCAAACAGAAGUCCAAGUCCGUGACGGACCUCAUGGUGCUUGUGCACAUCGAUCCCGACUCCGACGCGGAGUGGUCGCUGGGGGCACAAACGUCGGAGAAGAACGUGAAGAAGAAACUGUCGGUGACCGGUAGCGACAGCGACCUCAGGCACACCGCGCCCACGGAUCAGUUUGACGAGGCGUUGAAGAAGCUGCGCGAUCCCCUGCCGAGCAACGCCGCUGGCAAAGUCCGAUCCUUGGAAAAUCUAGAACGGCCGAAGCUCCUGACUCUGACCAUAGAUCAGGGCCAGACGCCAAUCCUGCGUCUCGCCUUGGACGGCGAGGGGGAGACGCCGGAGAGUCACGAGGGCGCGCAGGAUAGUGCGCAGCGCGGCGGCGAGAAGCACGUGUUGAGACUCUUGUCGAAGGGAGACCCGGACCUGCCCCUUCUUCGCUACGUACCUGACCAAAUGUCCUCCGCCGAGGAAGCGGAGAGGAAGGCGGAUCGCGACAGCGACGAUACUGCCGAUCGUUUUGUUUCGAACGACGCCGAGACCAACACGGUGGACGUUUUACUAUGGAAUCACGCGCUAGAUUCCGCUCUGGAGCACAAAGUACCGGGCUUCUCGGACGAGGCGGAGUUCAACGAGUACAUGGAUACGUCGACCGAGCCGAGUAACGCCGGCGCGCCGGAACUGACGGUGACCGCCGUGUCCACGCCAGACGCGCCACAGUUUUCUAACGCCUAUUCAAUUUAUACCGCCGACGAUAGCUUUUCUAUAGUAGAGAAUGCGGAAGUAGAGCAGAAACCAUUGCCAAACGACGACGAGGAGGAGGUGGAGGAGGAGGAGGAGGAAGAGAGGAAGCAAUUGUCCACGCCGGACGACGAACAGAGCUCCGAUUCUGGUUUUCGAGACAAGGAGUCCUGCGAGGAGGAGGAAGCGGUUUGCUCGACGUCUGGCAACCCCCUGUCCUCGGUCAACAGCACCGCGGUCUCCAGAUCGUCGUAUUCCGAGGAAGAACCAUUCCAAAUUCUGUUCGAGCUAGACACCAUUCUCGAUGCGGAAUACUACGCCACGCCCGCUGGCCCUGAAAGUAUAACGGAGGGUGCGAUUUUUACGCCCGACGUCGAGAACAGCGCGUCGCCGUCCAAACGGAGUACUCCUGACUUGGAUCACGCUUCUGUUAAAGUUGGCGUCACCAAUUCCGACUCGAUUGAGACGAGCGACGCGACGGAGAGUCCGCGUCAGGUGAGGCGCGAAAAUGUGGCGGAGGAGACGGAGAAGAGAGACGUGACGCCUGAGAAGAUACGGGAGGACAAGAGUGACGUUCCGUCGCGUCGCGACUCGGACGCGGAGGCACGCGCCUUAAAAUUUGACACCUUUAACGUCCAGCGAGAUGAACAGUGCUCGCAGGGAGAUUAUGAGAACGAGGACGAGGACAGUUCGACGGUGAGCUUGCGCAGCGACAACUCGUACGUGUCGUUCGGUAUGGAGGAAGAAUUCGUGACGGCGAUUCGUAACGAACUCAGGGAAAAGUUGCCUCAGGCCCAAAUGCAGAUCGUAGAAUCCUUGGAGGCGCACGACGACGAGAACCCUUCCAUCUCCGACGACGCGUACGACAAGCAGUGGGACGACGAAGACGGCGAGGAUUUGCCCGAUCAAGUUAGCGGGGGUAUAGACAUCUCGAUCAGGUACAACGUGUACGGAACGCCGCUUAGUCCUAUUCUAGAGGAGCGAGAGAGCACCGUCACCUCCGAGUCUUUAAUGUCCAACUCUAGGGAGACAUCCGUCGCUUCGAGAGAAUCGGUGCCGUCCGAAGAUGUGCUGUUGGUAGACACUCGUACGAACGAGAUGAUACUGUUGGAGGGACGAUUGCAGGACGAAGAUCGUGACACGACGAAUGGCGAUCUGUCCGAGGAGGAGAAUUUGGAUUACAUUUGUUCAAUGGCACAACCGUUGGAGAAUAAGUCGCGUGUCGUCAAAGCGAGCAGUGGCGCGCCGCUGCCAAGUCCCGAGGAAGAAUCCAAAUGGCAGCAGCUACCUUCGUCCUUCCCGCUACCUUUACCUCUGCCGUUGCAAGAUGAUCUAAUGUCGACGAGUUUUGUCACCGAACGCGAAUGCUGUAGUCAAGAUGAAGACGAAGAGGAGGAGGAGGAGGAGGAAGAGGAGGAAGAAGAUGAAGAUGGAGAAGAAGAGGAAGAUGAGGAUAAUAGUUCUAGUUCUGGUGAAUUUGUAUGGAAGAGAUACAACGAGCCACAUAUCGAGCAAAUACGAAUUAGAAGUACUACGAAUAACGACAGGACGAGUACGACGACGAGUGCCGAAUUAGAAGAGGAAUUGGCUGUCGAGGACGAAGAGGAGGAAGAAGAAUUCACACCUUCGGCCUGGAAUGCCGCUUUAGCACCGCAUCGAUCGGCAUUGAGGUCUCCAGACAAAACGUUAAAAUCAGGGGAUGAGUUGGAUCAGAAGAAGAGCGUGUGGUUCAAGAAGCAACGCUAUCAGUGCGUAUACGAGUACCCGAAGGAAACAUUACCCGCGGACAGUCAAACGGAUACUAUUACCAACUCGGAACGAACAUCGUACUCUGAUUGGGAAGAAAUGAUGAAUGAGACACGAUUAGAUCUAUAUCCUUUAGAUUAUGACGAUGCCAAUCACGCUGGAAACGAGGAAUUUUUUGUGACCAGUUCGAAUCGACCGUUUCAGUUCCAAACUGGUGAAAGUAAGUACGUCAGUCAAUUUUUUCCCGGUGCGAACGCGACUUCGUUGUCCGACGAUCGGGACGAAACGGACAGCUGCCGACAGGAGCCGCACCAGAACAACGUUGAUUUCGCGCAAGAGUACGACCAGUGUCAGCAGCAACAGUUAGGCGAGUUAAGGCACACUAGGGAUCGUUUGAAAUUAAACUUGGUAUCGUCGAAUGGUACACCGUCCGCCCCGUUCGUUCCUGCGAGACCAUCGCAAGCGGACGACGAGCAAUUAGACAUUAAAGAGAAUCACGAGUCCGAACUUGUAGAGAAAGUCGUCACGCAGGACCAAUGUAUCGUAUCGAGUCCAACGAAUGACGAUAACGCAUUGCCAAAGGUGCCUCACGAAGAUGUUCAGGUCGGUCCAUCUUCCACAAGAAUUUCUCAGUGUGAUAGUCAGGAGACGCCGGAGCCCACCGAGAAGUGCAGUGUUUUAGCUCGUGAUUAAAAUGAGACUAAAGUCUGUAAUUUUAGAACGAAGAACAGUUUAGUCCAAGUCCGUCCGAAACAAUCUCGUCGUGAAAAAUUCGGUGAUUCUCUCUGUUAGCGCACGCGAUCCGAUUAUCACCGAUGAGAUUAUUACUACGACACGAAUCUCGAACAAAUGUAUAUAAGAAAGACGUAGCGGAUAUUACUCGAGGCUGUACAAGUCGAUCGGUCGUCCAAACGGAUCUUGUUAGCGGAGUUGUUAUGACUGUUCCGUAGCAAAUACAGGGGGAAGAAAAAGCGUGUCAGUACGUAGAUAGUCGCGACUUUACAUUAUCAAUAAGGCUUUCUAUCCGUAUGACGAUUUAAUCAUGUUGGAACGAAGAAGUGACUGCGGAGGGGCUCUGUAAAAAGUGGACAUAUGAGUAUUAAUUCUAGACAAUCGAUUUGUAGGAGCUACAUCGAAUUACGAUGAACAAUUCGUUGCGCGUGUAAAUAAUUAUUGUUUAUAGUGUAAUUGUUAAACGAGCAGUAGUGCCUAUAUGUAGAACGACACGAUUAUUUUUGUGACUUCUCUUUAAGAAACUAUAUAAUCGUCUUUCACGUCCUCCGUUUUUCCUUGCCAACGUCGUCAUGAUAUUUCUUGAUAUUAAUUAAACAUUAUUAACAAAUCUGCUCUCUACAUUAUCCAAGUAUUGUAUAGCAAAGUAUAAGUGGGCUGCUGUCCCACUGUAAGGAUUCGUGGCGAAGGAAAAACACAUGAAAAUACUUGCACGACUAAUUUUCUAUAUGAUAUAUACACGAUGUAUUGAUAGACUUUUACUUUUGUUAGAUCUGUGAUGAGAAGAAUAUAGCGCGUAUAUCGAUAUGUUUUAUAUUGGAUUUAAGAAACGAGACGAGAGCUCUUGCAUUAUCGAAUGUUUGAGUUGGAAAUUCGCGUGUAUCGUACUAAAGUGAGGAAUUCGUCGAGCCUGUUUGUUUUACUCGAAUGCGUGAUACGAAAGAAACCAGCGAUCAUGUUAACGGAAACAUUUGCCUUUUCUAUGAUAACGUAAAUAUUACAUUUAUCUUUUAUGCUAACCGAUAACUUUGUGCGUCUACAGUACAUUCGCUUCACGACACCAUGUGAAAGUGUGCAAUACAAGCAAAGUAACGAGUUAACAGAGUUCAGUAUGGCACGUUGCAAAGGAUUAUUCUCUAUAUCUAAAAUACUCGCGGACGCGCGAUGAACGUAGACACGAUCGCUAAAGUGCUGUUUUAGAGGAAUUUUUACAAGUAUUUUGUUUGCAGUAAAUGUAUCUCGUAUAAUUGCUCGUCCUGGACACAAAGAGACUGUUGUAACUAAAACGAAUCAAUGAAACAGUAUCGAAAUACAAAUCUAGUUUAGCGUCGUAUGAAAACCGUGUGGGGAAUUUGUGCCACUGUCGUUUCACGAGUGCACGCGAUAUUCAGAGGAUUAUACAAACAAACCGCUGCUAUCGUAGUACCGCGAGUACCGUCACGUCUCUCGCUAUUACCACACCUAUUCUUACUGAUACUGCUUUGUGCUCACUAUGACAUAAGUUAAAAUAGAGAACAAUUAAUAUAUUGUUAUACA